GAAUCCCAGAAUGUUCCCUUUAAUUAAUUAAAUAGGAUCUUCGAAGAACUUUGUAUUAUACAUGAGAGAGAGUGCAAACCUCAGCACCUGAAUAAUUUGCCAAAUUGCUUUAAUUGGAAACUUUCGACACAGUUCUUGUGACUUUGAUGACUGUUUGCUGCUCCGAGUGAAACCUCGACCGGAAGCGCCAGUGGACAGAUUACAAGUAUUUACACUUCAGUCACACAUCAGGGGAAAAAACUCUGCAGCCUCACGCCACCAUCACCCACACACACACCCACACACACACACAUAUACACACACACACACACCCGCGCUCUCUGUGUGGGUGACAACGGGCCAUAUAAAGAGCGCACGAGCGCAAACACCGGAGCAACCAGCGAGCAUCAGCGCGCCGACAAUGAGAUCUUCACUGAAUGUCAUCACUAUUCUCUGCUUAUGCAGUAAGACAGUGUUGGCUUUAGAUAAAUUCCCAGAAAAAUAUGUGGUAGGCAGGAAAGGCAGCAGCAUUACACUGAGCUGUGACAAUGCCCCUAACAUGAAGGUGACAUGGACGUUAGAUGAUCAGGAUUUAGAAGAGGACAAAGAUCUGAUAAAGUUUGAGGGCAACAAUGUGACACUUAUGAAACUUGACAAUGAUCUAACUGGGAAUUUCACCUGCUGGAGAGAUGGAAAGAAGGUGAACGACACCUUUGUCCUGCUGGACAUGUCAGACACCAUAACAGGUUCUCCUGUGUCCUGCAUGGCUGAGACCUUCAACUGCACCUCUACAAUUUCUUGUUCCAUAAGUGAGAAGGGCUACAUAGACUUCAGGCUUUGGGAUGAAAGCAACAACUUGCUGAAUCGAACCACAAAAUGGAUUUUCAAACUGACACACACCACCAACCCGUUUGCGGAGGAAGUCAAGCCCAUAGUGGUGUUUGGAGAAGCUGUGUCUGGUCUAAAGAACUACUUUAAAACCCGCUACAGCUUCUACAUCCGAGAUAUCAUAAGACCUGGAUGUCCUCGUGUCUCCGUGUUGAAGAAAAGCCCUGGGGACGUGUUGGACGUGAAUCCUCCUGACACGUGGACUCUGCCCCUGAGCUACUACCCUCUACAACAUGAAAUCCAGUUUCAGCAGAGAACAGAUGGAACGAUAUUAAGCAUAUUCCUGUCCCCCAAUAACACAGAGUCAACUGGAAGAAGAGUUGCCGUGCCGCCCGGAACCAGCAAGCUGCGAGCUCGAUGCAGAGACUUUCUGCUGCUCUCCCAGUGGAGUGAAUGGACUCAGUGGCAAAAUGUGGGUAAGAGAAGACCAAAAAAUGUGAGGAAACGAAAGAAAAAGGACAAGAAGAAAAAGAGGACAAGGGCAGAUCAAAUCUAAUUUACUGUAGAAGAUCUACACUGAGUCUUUAACUCAACAUUUCAUUCUUUUUUCUUUAUGUGAAUGUGUUUAAAUAAAACCUGUCGCUCUUUGCAUUUCCACACAGUGACCAGCAGGAGGCACUGCAUCCUCCACCGCGCUAAAGCAUUUUUAUUUUUUUUUUAUUUUCAUGAUGUUAAUUAUAUUUCACAAUUUACUACGAUUUACAAAUACGUAGUAUUUAUGGAAGGAGUCUCCAGUGUCAGAGACCUCUGAGAGGAUCACAGUUUAUAGACUAGAACAGAAGUGAAAACAGGAACGAACUGGUUUCAUGAACAUUAAAUGCAACAAUAAACUGAGAAAAAAAUACGACGUGUCGAUUAAAGCAAUUGUUGGUAAAUUAUUUUGUGCUUAUUUU